AUGCUAAAUGGAAAAGCGCACAAGUUGAACGUGGAGAGCGCCAUGCAGCCGGACGAGGAAAACCCGGACCCGCUCGCAGCAGGCGCCAGCGGCAGCAACAGCAGGUCCACCGCCACCCGCACCCGCACCCGCGUUAAGAUCGACAUUAGUAGCUGCCCCUCAACUAAUCCGACAAAUGUUGACGACCCGACGGCAGACGCCGGCGGUGGCGGGGGCGGUGGCGGUGGCGGAGGUGGAAGUACUCUUGGACGUGGUGGAGGCGGAGGGGCCCACCACCUCCUUAUGGUGCCCACACACCACAAUCUACAGCUCGAUAAAAUUUCUGUGCGCUCGAUUAGUUCCGAGGAUAUAUCGAAUGGUGGCACCGGAAGGUGCUGCAACGCCGCAGCCCGUAACCCGGCCAUUAAAACGGGACGACGACUGCAGCUGAUGCAGAUGAUAAUACUGCCAUUUAUACCAAUAUUGGCAUUGAUUGUGCAAACUUCGGUGACACUGCAAGAGAUCCUGGAGUACCGAGCCGCAGUGGCUGACAUCGAGACGCAGGUGACGAUUGCAACGGACCUGGGGAAGGUAGUCACGAGACUGCAGCUGGAGCGCUCCGAGGUGGCCUUCUACAUCUUCACAAACGGCAGCAAGCAGCGGGCUAAUCUGACACAGCGUUUCGAGAUCACCGACCAUGCUCUGAACAAUAUGACCACGUGGAGCGAGAUCAGCGUGCCAACGGCUCCGGACGAGGAUGAGGAUGACCGCGAGAUGAUGCUCAACCGAAAUGACUUCCAGGGUCGGUUGAAUGAGUUCCGCGACCGCGUACGCUUCGAGCCCGAGGAGAGCUCCAUCACGGAGGUCAUGAACUGGUACACAUCCAUAAACCGCGGACUGUUGCACCACCUGAACGAGCAGAUCAAGGAGACGGACAACAGUGGCGUGUGGCGGUAUCUCGUCGGAUUCAAGAACCUGCUGAAGAGCAUCGAGUGCCAGAACAUCGCGACCUCCUUCGGCAUACGUUACUACGGCCGUGGCUCGCUGACAGCUGAGAACUUUGUCUCCUACGUUCGCUACGAGUUCCUGGCUCGCGAAUUGAUCAACUCCACCCUGAACUACGCGCCCAUGUUGAAGAACAUGUACACCAACUUAACCAGCACUAAGAAGUUCCAUCGCGCCAAGCAAAUGAGCAACACGUUGCUGAAGAACAAUCCGAAUGUCUCGAACGAGCGCAGCGCCAUCGAGUACUACGAGCUGAUGAAUAACUACACGGACGAUCUGAGAAUCCUGCAGAAGGCUCUCCGACGCCAGAUCAAGGAGUAUGUGGACAAGACUCUGGUGGAGGCUGACAGAAAGGAGGCCAUCGGUAUCGCCAUCCUGGUCGUCGUCCUGCUUGUGUCGCCCGUCAUCAUUAUUUUGGUGCGGAAUGCAGCUGCCACCAUACAGCACUACGCCCUGAAUCUCUCCCAGAAGGCCAAGGAGUUAAAGCGGGAGAAGCGCAAGAGCGACUCACUGCUCUUCCAGAUGCUGCCACCCAGCGUGGCCAUGCAGCUAAAGCAGACGCAACAGGUUCCCGCCGAGCUUUACGAAGCCGUUACCAUUUACUUCAGCGACAUUGUGGGCUUCACCGAAAUCGCCGCGGAGUGCACUCCGCUGGAGGUGGUGACCUUUCUCAACUCGAUCUACCGCGUGUUUGACGAACGCAUCGAAUGCUACGACGUCUAUAAGGUGGAAACCAUCGGCGACUCCUACAUGGUGGCAUCCGGUCUGCCCGUGAAGAACGGCAACAAGCACAUCACCGAGAUAGCAACAAUGGCGCUUGAUUUGCUGGACGCAUCGUCAGUGUUUCGGAUCCCAAGGGCCGGCGACGAGUUCGUUCAGAUACGCUGCGGCGUGCACACCGGACCCGUGGUGGCUGGCAUCGUGGGCACAAAGAUGCCGCGCUACUGCCUCUUUGGGGACACAGUGAACACGGCCUCGCGCAUGGAGAGCACCGGCGAGGCCCACAAAAUACAUAUCACCGAGGAGAUGCACGACUCGCUGCAACAGGUUGGCGGGUUUAGGACAGAGCAUCGUGGCCUGAUCGACGUCAAGGGCAAGGGGCUGAUGAGCACCUACUGGCUGACAUGCAAGGAUGGGCCUGUACGGGUGCGUGAGGAGAUCUCCUGGCGAGCGGACAUGCAGCCGGUAUUCCUGGAUCAUCUCAAGUUGCAUCCGCCAAUCGACUAUAAGCUUCCCAAGCGAAAAUAA